AUUAUUUUUUCUCGAUUGGAAGAGACAUUGUGCAAAAUUGUGAGAAAUUAUAAUAAAUGAGAGUUUCGGUGUAUUCUCUUAUCUAAAUAUACAACGAAAGGAAUGCUGAGCCGAAUGCACGUCUCUUAGUGUGUUGUGUUAAGUUGUGUUGUGAUUCUUGGUCUUGGUCUUGGUGCUGAGCUGCUUACUCCUCCUUCGCGUCCUUCUGCCAGUUGCUGAGCCCUGAGCCGCACCACACUGCGAAGACGAAGAGUUCGAGUUCAUUAAUAUUUGUUCUGUUCUGGUACUGUUGUAGUUCUGCGAGGUAUUUGUUGUGUUGUGUUGUGUUGUGUUUAACACAGGCGAAACGCGCCAUUUUUCUGCGUUACGCCGCUUACUUCUUAAUACGGUAUCUUGUUUGCUUUCGAGUGAUAUUACAGAUUUUACCGUUUACUCAAUUAGCUUCAAUACAAUUCAAUGUAUGCCGAAUCAGUGUACGAUCACGAAUAUACCUGUCGAGUGGAUAACUGUGCACCGAAAAGGCGUCGAUAAUGGAGAACCUCGAGGUUUAGCUUUGCUGGCUAAAACAAAUUAGAAAUUUUGCAAAUAUGAAACAUUCAGCAUCAGCGCCGCCUGAAGAAGUUAAAUUGAAUCCCUUCGAAAUACUUUCUGAAAUCGAUGCCAGGGAAAUUUUACAUAUUAUCACUGAUGGAAAAUGCAAAAUUCCAACUACAUCAAAUUUUACAAAAGUUCAAUUGCCUCGAGGAAAUCAGAAGCCUAUAGACAUAAAUGUGUGCAAUAAAAUUUCCAUAGAACCUUCAAAGAAAGUUAAAAUACUAAUUUACAUCAAUGCUCUUCUGUGGUUGUUGACUACAUUAUUAUUUUCAAUUUCAUUGGGUUACAUAUAUAUAGAAUUGCAAGCUCAGAAACAGAAUGUUUAUGAACUUAGUCAAACUUUAUUGACUAUUAGUAGUAAAUAUGAAUUUCUUAGUGAUUCUGUAACGCAAUCAUUAAUUGCAAGUGAUUUUAUAUCACCUGAAAGUAUACAUGAUAAUCAAACCAAAGAUAACACGGCGCACAGUGAUAACAUUUAUGGUAAAACAAAUACAGAUAAAUAUAGCUCAGACAGGAAUACCUCAGGAAAUAAGAAAAAAAUUGAUAAUAAAUAUGAUGAUUUUGAAAGAGACAAAGCAAACGCCACAAAUCACUCUGAUGGGUCCAUUGCCUAUAGAAAAAAUCAACAAAACUCACCUAUGCUAGGAGGUCCUGCAGUUAUCCAGUUUACAGGUGCAGUUCCACGUGUCGAUAUCGCAAAUGAAGGUAGGCUUAUUGGACCUUGGGUCACAGAUGAUGUGGGAUCAGGUAUUUAUAACUUAACAGAGUUUUACAUAACAGAGCAAGGAAAUGCAAUAGAAAUAGUUCAAUCUGGGCUUUACAUAAUUUAUUCUCAGGUUUAUUAUGAAAACUUCUAGUCUUUUAAACAGUUAUUCUAUAAGUAUAAGAAAGAAAGGAUAUUCUGCACCCUUUCCCAAUUGCAUAUUGCAGUACUACGGCACAAAACUCAAGUAGCAAAUUGCCUCACGAGAGCAGUUGUUUUACAUCAGUUGUGAGAUAUCUAUCUCAGUAUGACAGAUUGAUAUUACAGCAACAGGAGAUAAAUCGCAGAGUUAUUA